CACUCAUGCAUAAUAAAAAUUAUUUAUCACGUUGUUGCUUUAGUUUUUCACUGAAAAGAAAAUACUGAGCUGAAAGCUUCAUUUCAUUUUAAAGUUAUGGCUAAUAGUCUUGCGAAAGUAAGAAAACAAGUAAUUGUGCGAUUAUCAACAAAAAUACAAACAUCUUCUAAGAAGAUUAAUGUCUGGCUAUACUCAAUGUCAACUCAAUAGGGUUUUUUAUACCCUAUUAUAUUCACAUUUAUUUUAUUCAAGAGCUGUAGCAUAUCAAAAGUACUUUCUGUCAGAUCUGUGCGAUGGCAGUUCUUCCCAUUCAAUAAAACUUGAUGUAGAACACUUUUCCUCUGCAAUACUUAAAGUGACCACAGCGCAUCCACUAAAAGGAAAAGUAGAUUGUUCUGUUAAUGUAACAGCAAGUAAAGCUGAUGGAAUUAUAAUCAGUGUAUCAGAUAUGAGCUUCAGCGGUAGCUGCACAUCAUCAUCUAUCAACUUCAUAUCAAAAAGAAAUGGCGUCUCACUUUGCGAGAUCAACUCAACAUCUAUUCUUAGUAGGAGUAGCUUUGUUUUUCAAGAUAUACCAGUACGUUUGACAUACAAAUCUGACUCUGCUUCCAUUAUUGAUCUCAAGAUAAUUUUCACAGCUUACACAAUCAGUGCUUGUGAAGAUGUAAAGGAAUAUAAAUGUUUGAAGGAACAGUGCGUAUGGGCAGGGUUGGUAUGUGAUGGAGAGAAUAAUUGCGGCGAUUAUUCGGAAGAAGCAGCGAAUCCCAAACUCUCGAAUUGUGAAAAGGGAUAUGAUUUGGGUUUUUUGAUCCUCAUACCAAUUGUUAUAGCUAUACCUUUUGUUAUACUUGGAAUUAAAAUCUUGAUGUAUUUUUGCCUUACAAGUGCCCCGCACAAUACUUUCAUAGUUUAUAGAAAUCGAAAACAGCCAAAUUUUUUGUAUGCUUAUCCAGAUCUAGCUCCCCUGCCAAAUAUUCAAGAACGCGCAGUUGCUAAACAAAACGAAAAUGAUGAGAUUAUUGUACAAAGGUAUUCACAAGAUAAAGUAAGCGAAAGCAAUGUAUUGAAAGAACACACUGAUUCAUCAAAGAAAGAAAUUGAAAAAAGUGCAACAGAUAAGUUGGCUGUUUCAUUUGAUGAAGAAUGUAAAAAUGCUGAAACACAUGUUAAACAAACUGAAAGCGAUUCACCGGAUAAAGUAAGUGAAAACAAUGUAUUGAAAGAACACACUGAUUCAUCGGAGAAAGGAAUCGAAAAAUAUGCACCAGAUGAGUUAAUUGUUUCAGGUGAUGAGAAAAUUAAAAGCGCUGAAACACUAGUCGAACAAACUGAAAGUGAUUCAGAAGAUAAAGCAUGCGAAGACAAUGUAUUGGAAGAACACACAGAUUCACCAAAGAAAGAAAUCGAAAAAAGUGCAUCAGAUGAGUUAACUGUUUCAUUUAAUGAAGAGAAUGAAAGCGAUCAAACACUUGUUAAGCGAACCGAAAGUGAUGGGACUAUUGCACUGAGCGAUUCACAAGAUAAAGUAAGUGAGAACAAUGUAUUGAAGGAACACACUGAUUUAUCAAAGCAAGAAAUCGAAAAAAGCGCAUCAGAUAAGUUAGCUGAUCCAUUUGAUAAAGAAGGAAAAAAAGAUGAAACACUUGUUGAAAAAUUGAAACACUUGUUGGAAAGAGAUGCACGUAUUGCACAAAGCCAUUCACAAGAUAAAGUAAACGAAAAUAAUUUAUUGAAAAAUCACACUGAUUCAUCAAAGAAAGAAAUCGAAAAAAGUGCUUCAGAUGAGUUAACUUGUCCAUUUGAGGAAGAAAGUCAAAGCGAUGAAACACUUGUUGAACAAAUUGAAAGAGAUGCUCGUAUUGCACAAAGCCAUUCUCAAGAAAAAGUGAGCGAAAAUAAUGAUACAAUAAUUGAAAAUAAUAAUGUGUUGAAAAAUCACACUGAUUCAUCAAGGAAAGAAAUCGAAAAAAAUGCUUCAGAUGAGCCAACUGGUUCAGAUGAUAAAAAAAUUAAAAACGAUGAAACACUUAUUAAACAAAUUGAAAAAGAUGCGCGUAUUGCACAAACCCAUUCACAAGAUAAAGUAAGCGAAGGAGCCAUCGGAUAUGUUAACUGGUUCAAUUAAUGAAAAACAUAUUUUAAAAAACUGAUUCUUUCGAUAAGAACCAGUUAACCAGUAAAACUAUUUAAGGUAACCUUAAGAGCCAGUUUUGAUAAUAUUAACUUUAUCGAACUAAUUUACAAAGAAAUAAAAUGAAAACAGCUCUUAUAUACUGAUGAUUAAACUUAUAAAUAAAGAAUACAGUGUGUCUGUAAAUGUUGUAACCAUAAUUAAAACAAGUGAUUUAUGUUAUCAUGAAGCCAAGUAGCACUAAACUAUAAUUUAUAGUCUUGAAGUAAAGAUAUUCUCGUCAAAAAAAUAAUUAAAAUAGUAAUAAUAAUAUUGUUUUGAGUUAAUAUCAUCUAGUCCUUAUAAAGUAUCUUUUAUAAUUAGAAUGUAUAA